AUGUAUAUAAAAAAAAAUACAAAAAUUCUGAGUUCAACGUAUCCCCCAGUUGUCAUCACCCUAUCCUCAAAUUUAUUUAUUUAAAAGCACCAAGCCUUCUUUAUUGAUCAUAACAAUUUAGUUCUCCCCUUCCUCACCACCUUUUUGAUAAAUGUAAUUUGCUUGCAUAGAUGGAGAGACAACUACUUCUCCUACUUGUAUUAUUGUCAUGCUCUUUAUCAACCUCGUCGUACAAUGUUCCAGCAAUUUUCACAUUUGGGGACUCCAUUGUUGAUGCUGGAAACAACCAUUUUAACAAGAAUUGUACUGUCCAGGCCGACUUCCCACCUUACGGAUCAAAUUUUUUCCACCAUCCUACUGGAAGGUUCACCAAUGGCAGGACUGUUGUGGACUUCAUCUCACAACAUCUUGGAAUUGAAUUCCAAACGCCGUACCUGGAGGCAAGGCUAGCAAUUAUGAAUGGAAGUAGGAGGAAUUAUCCAUCUAAUGGCAUCAACUUUGCCAGCGCUGGCAGCGGCGUUUUGCACCAAACAAAUCUGGAUUCUGGAGUAAUACCAAUCCAGGACCAGCUACAGCAAUUUCAAACACUGGUACAGCAAAAGCAGAUAGAUAAAAAUCUACUAAACACAUCCCUCUUCUUUUUCGAGUCAGGUUCUAAUGAUAUCUUCAACUAUUUCCUCCCAUUUAGCGCUCCAACACUUGAUCCUGACGCAUACGUAAAGGCCAUGUUAAGAGAGGUAGAGAAUUUGCUAGGCAGUAUUUACAGACUCGGUGGUCGACGGAUUGCUGUUUUUUCACUAGGUCCUGUCGGCUGUGUUCCUGCCAGAGUACUCUUGCCGAAAGCACCUGUUGAUAAAUGUUUUGGAAGAAUGAAUGUGAUGGUUAAGAAAUAUAACAAGGGCUUGGAAAGCUUGGUGAGGGAAAUGCCCAUCAGGUACCCAGGCGCAGUUGCUGUUUAUGGUGCAGUUUAUGACGCUGUUCAGCGAUAUCGAGCCAUUCCUGCACGAUAUGGUUUCACUGAUCUGAUGGGUGCAUGUUGUGGAGAUGGGCCUCUUAGAGGAUCGCUGCAGUGUGGGAAGGAGGGUUACAAGAUUUGUCCAAAUCCAGAAACGUACUUGUUCUGGGAUUACUUCCAUCCGACGGAACGUACUUAUAAGCUCAUCUCCAAGGUCUUAUGGGGUGGAAAGAACUCAGCAAUCAGGCCAUUCAAUCUCCAGACUUUAGCAAGCAUGGUUUGAUUUCCAUGUUCGGAGUGAAGGAGAAAUUUUCUUGACUGCUUUGUUGUGUUGGCAAAUUCCCGUGUAGGAAACAGUAGUUAGAAAUAAAAUUGCAAUUUUAUUAUGAAUUUCCGUGUUGUGGUGGCUACGGCACGGCUAGGACCGUUGUUUUGAGUUGAAUGCUUCUACCUAUUGCAAAUUUGCUUUGUUGAUUCAUUCUCAGUUCUAAACUGCGGUCAACAAAGCAAGGAAAAAAAAACCACUU